AUUCAUAUACCUCGUCUGUGCUGUGAUGUACAAAAGAGUACAAAAAAUGCAUUAUAUAUGCGUUUUAUAAAAUACAGGAACGCAAAUUAUAAUUGUUCUUCAAUUAACUAUAUUCAAGUCUAGCUCAAUUUAUUUUUGUAUUCAUUAAAAUAAAAUUAUCUGCCAGCAGAAUGUCAUAGCGCCAUCUGUUUGAUACAGUACACCCGACCAUAUCACUCUCUGUAUAAAAAGAAUUCAUAGCAAUGUUUGAAUGGGCAUAUGAUGGUGUUAAUGCCUCGAUACCACGUAAUGUGGGACCAGAGUGUGCAAAUUACCUAAGCCCAAAGCGAAGGAUCAUUGAAACAUUAUUUAUAUCCAUAUUCAUAGUAAUCUUUCUAGUCUGGGGUUACAGACACAUUAAAUUGCCAACCAAAGUAUCAUAUGUAAAUCAUGAUCGUGUUGGUAGAAGAGUAUUAUUAAUUAUUAUGUCAUUAGUACUAGGAAUGGAAAUUGGUUUCAAGUUUACCAGCAGGACAGUUAUAUAUAUACUAAAUCCCUGUCAUGUGACAACAGCUGUACAGUUAUAUUUACUGGCAGCAGAUCCUAGUCCUACAGUAACAGCAAUCUUCAGGAUACACUUGAACUUCAUGAAUGGACCACUUUUAGCUUACUUAUUCCCAGAGACAGAAUCUCGCAGAAUAUUUGCUGAUAAAGCAAUGUAUUAUAUUCAGCAUGGUUUGAUGGUAGUGAUACCAUAUUACUUAAUGAGAAUUGGAGGUGUAUAUAACGUGGAACGUUUAUCAGACAUGAGUUGGUCUGUUUUGAGCUAUGGAAUAAAUUUAGCUUAUCAUUUCUGGGUUAUUCAAGUCAUUGCCUUGCCAGUACAAGUAAAUCUAAGUCACAUGCUAUGUGCAGCUAUUCUUGAUCCUUUUGAAGGUCAAUAUUAUCGAGUAUGGACAUUUAUUCAUCAAGGAAUAUUAUGUCCACUGUUAAGCAAACUAUUCUGCUAUGUAUCGAAUUUUCUAUUAACGAAAUUUCCGCCAACUAGAGUGAAACCGACGCUCGAUUGCGCACUUGCAAGAAACAACAGAAUGGAAGAUAACGAGAGAUUACACGAAGAUGCAAAUACCUCAGGCAAUGGACAUACUCACGUAAAUUAAUUCGAUAUUUCGCAAUUCUGGUGGACAUGAUUUCCGCUGCAAAUCAGUGAGUACAUGAUCUAAACAGAUAGAUAAAUUUACAUGUCAAUAAUUGAAUGAACACAAAUUAUUUUGUGUUUUUCAUAUGUGAAUUGUACAGUCACGAUCUGUAAAGAUUGGAGGUCCUUUUCCUGAAUAAAACACGUUUGUAGUUAUUUUUUCGCACUAUACGUGUGAUAACAGUAAAUAGACACAGUACAGGGCAAACUGUAAUAGAAAUUAGGGAUUUAUAACUUUAAAAUAUAAAUAUGUAAUGAACUUUAAACUAGGUGCUACUACUGUUAUGUAGCACAUAUUAUCCACUUAGUGGAAAGAUUCUUUAAUAUGAGAUUACGAGAGUCCAAUGAUCUCGCAUUUCUGAUGCGUCUGUGAUUAGGAAUGUUAUUUGCAAAUCAUUUCCUAUUGAAAAAUAUAGCAUUUUUUAAAAAUGCAGUAUUGAGAUUUUUUCGCAUGUUAUAUUUUUGGUAUGAUAGCUUUUGUUCCUGUUUGAGAUUAUCCAUAUUAUAUGGAUAUAUAAAUAUUCCUAUGUAUAUUAUUAAUUGUUUUAUGAAACUAGUCAUGCAUGUUAUUUUUGGAGAAUAAUUAAGGAAUUAAUUUCCUUCUUUUAUGGUUACACAUUAUUUAUAUGUGUAACUAUUACAUUAUUUUAAUGCUUAUCUUAUUAUACUACAAUUAGUGGCUACAAUUUUAGCCAUGAAAAUAGUGUACAACACUUGUUGUAAUUAAAAAAAGCACACCAAUGAAUUUUGUGAUUUAUUUUAAGUUUAAAAUAUUAUUUUAAUGUAUAUAUAUUUCAAAUUAAGCUAGAUAAUUCUCAUUAUCUUUAUAGAAUAUCUUUUUCAGAAAUAUUCCAGUUAUAAUAAAGCAGAUUUAUUGCGAUAUAUGUAAUGAUUAAUUGCAUUAUGUGAUAUAUGAACAAAAUAUGAAUAUAUUAAUAAUUGAUAAAGUCAUUGCUUAUCCGUUUCGAAUAGAUUUGAUAAAUUAUGUUAAUAGUGUGCACACAAUGAAAUAUUUAGUUUAGGUCUUCAAUACAUUCCAUAUUGUUACAAUACUGCAAUGAUUUUUAUAUGUAGCAACUGCCAAAACUUUUAUUUAUUAUUUUUUUUGCAAUUCGUCCAAAUUUUUGGAAUUGUUUGCAAUAAUAUCCAAUACUUAAAUCUAUUUUUAUAUUUUUAUUUUUGUGGAAUUAUCAAAUUUUAAAUUUACAAAGUGAAUAUUUGCUCAUAAUAAUGAAAUAAAUUCACAGAAUGUUAUAAAUAAAAUUUAUCAACUUUAAAAAAUGUAUUUAUGGCCUAACAAUGAAAAAUAUUUUUUUCUUGUCAUAAAUUUAAUUUGUUAUUAUUUCUACAUUAAAAAAUAUUUCCAUUAACUUCUAUCAAAUUGCAAAAAUUGGAUAAAGGAAAAUGUUAUUGUAAAAAUUCGAUAUUUUGAUGUUUAUGAUUCUAAGCUUUAAUUAUGUGCACUUUUUAGCUAAUCUUUAUUUUAAUAAUGCGAAUAAUGGAAUUUUACUUGCAAUUACAAAGGCCUCGGAAAAUUUCUGGAAAUUUUGAUUUUUAAUAUAUUAUCACAAGAAAAUGAACUUUUGUAAUAAUGAUUGUUUUGUGAUAAAAACUAAAUAUUAGCCAUUUGAAUGAUGCUGUGCAACAAGAAAUAUUUAAUCUGCAUUCACGCUAUUUCUUAAUAGAUUUAGUAAAAAGAUUAGGACAUAUAUGUAUUAUGUACAGGAGGAAUUAUGUACUAUGUAAAUCUAUAUUCCUUCAAAUUUGCAGCUCUGUUAUUCCUCUUACAUUCGAGUAAGCAUCCGCGAUGAAGAUCACGUAUAUGUGUAAGAUUCAAAGUCCUAAUAUGCACCAAAGACAGUUGAAUUCAAUUAAUAAUUUCAAUUAUGAUUCAAUCACAACAUUGUGGUAACAUUGAAUCUUUAAUGUAUGUACACUUAAGUUAAUACUUAUUUAUCUAUAAGUUGCACAGCAAUAAAAAUUAAAUGUACAACAAAUUGCUGUUAUAUUUUUGUAAGCUAUGGAAAGCGUCGUUGUUAUAACGAUAGUGGUCAUGUUGCAAAUUUGGUACUAAACGUGAAGUUUCAUAGAGAACAAGGGAUGAAAGAAACAUUAUGUUCGAUCGCGAGUUAUAAUAUUAAAAUCGUAUUGAAUUGUACGGGAUAUGAAGUGAAAGAGGUUUGUACGAAAUAUUUAUUGUAUAAAUGGUUUAAAUAAAUGAGAAAUCAUGAUACGAAA